UCCUCUUUCUUACACUCUCCCUACAUUUCACCACCUUUUUCUCUUUUUAAUCCAUUUCUUUUCUUAGCAACUCUCUCUCUCUUACAAGAUCUAGUUUUUUUCUGGGCUUUCCCUUGUUUUGUUAUAUUUUAUUUUAUUUUUCAUUUUUCAUUUUUUUUUUGUGGGUCUCAUCACUCCCAAUAUUAUCUCUUCACAAUUCAAGUUUUUUUUUUUUCUUUCGUGUAUAUUAAUUUAUCAGUUUCAGAAGAGAUUCCAGCUGAAGUUUUCUGAUUAUGCAAAAGUGUUUGUUGAUGUUGUAAAUUUUGAAUCUUGUUGCACCCCCAUUUUUAUAUUCUGACAAAUUUGGAGCCUCUAUUCACCUAAUCUCUAGCAUCAAGGUCCCCAAGCUGGACCAUUUCAUGGUUUCAGACUAGUAGGGCAUUAUUUUUCUUUUAUUUGACGAGGUCCCAAUCUUUUCCUAUUCAAAACAAAGAUAUUGUUGUCUCAGAAACAUUGUUCCCCUCUUUUCGCCCCAUCGUCUUGGUUGAUCUGAGGAAAAAAAGAGAAGAAGAUGUAUGGAGCAAAAGGCAAAAUAGACCUUGCCUUUGAAUACCAAUCUCAAGUUGCAGUUUUGAGGCCAAGCAUCCAUUCAAGGAGGGCAAAUCUGACUGUGAAAUUCCAAGACCUUUAUGGGUUCACAGUGGAAGGGAAUGUGGAUGAUGUGAAUGUGAUGAAUGAGGUGAGGGAGAAGGUGAGGCAGCAGGGUAGGGUAUGGUGGGCAUUGGAAGCCAGCAAAGGGGCAAAUUGGUAUCUUCACACCGUCAUAGGACAAGGGAAUGCUCUCAAAUCUUCGUUGACAUUCUCAGCUCUGGCCAAUGCCCUCACUCUGAAGAAGAUCAUUAGGAAGGGGAUACCCCCAGUUCUUAGGCCUAAGGUUUGGUUUUCAUUGUCUGGUGCUGCAAAGAAAAAAUCCACUGUGCCUGAUAGCUAUUAUGAUGAUCUCACCAAGGCAGUUGAGGGCAAAGUUACCCCAGCUACCAGACAGAUUGAUCAUGAUCUGCCACGGACCUUUCCUGGCCAUCCAUGGUUGGACACUCCCGAGGGACAUGCUGCUCUUAGACGUGUUCUUGUUGUUUAUUCUUUCCGCGAUUCUGAUGUUGGAUAUUGUCAGGGAUUAAAUUACGUUGCAGCACUGUUGUUGCUUGUAAUGAAGACAGAAGAAGAAGCAUUUUGGAUGCUUGCUGUUUUGUUAGAAAAUGUCCUGGUUAGUGAUUGUUACACAAACAACUUAUCAGGAUGCCAUGUUGAACAGAGAGUUUUUAAAGAUUUACUCACUAAAAAGUGCCCAAGGAUAGCAUCUCAUUUGGAAUCUUUGGAAUUUGAUGUUUCCCUUGUGACCACUGAGUGGUUCCUUUGCCUCUUUUCAAAGAGCCUACCUUCUGAGACGACUCUCCGAGUGUGGGACGUUAUCUUCUAUGAAGGGGCUCAGGUUAUGUUUAAUGUCGCCUUAGCAAUAUUUAAGAUGAAGGAAGAUGAGUUACUUCUAACCCAUCAUGUUGGCGAAGUAAUCAAUAUUCUGCAAAGGACUACUCAUCACCUAUUUGAUCCAGACGAUUUGCUAACCGUGGCAUUUGACAAGAUAGGUUCCAUGACAACCAAUACGAUAUCAAAGCAAAGGAAGAAGCAAGAACCCGAAGUGAUGAAGGAGCUUGAUGAAAGAAUCAGACGGUUAGAGUCGUUUAAAAUGGAGGAUAAAUAGUAUUCGCCAUUGUAUUUGUGUUCCGGUCUAAGUUAAUAUGAGAAAUGUUUGAACCAUCCUAUCAUAAUAGGGUCUGCUGCCUCUCUUAAGUUCUUGUUGGCAUGGUCUAGCCCUCUUGUUUUCAGGAUGCUUGUAUUGUAGGUCAGAAUUGUAAAUUUAAAUACCUUAAUAACUUAACUGUUACUGUUAUAAUGUGAAUAAAUGUCAAUUUAGGACAUUGUGUUAUUUCA